UGUCACACACGAAUAGCCCCGUCGUCCUCGGGAAUGCGAAAUCCUCUCUUCGUGAGCACCUUGUACACGCCUCUUUUGCAAGCGUGGGACUCCUCUGGUGGGGGAAUGGUAUCUACAGCCGAGCAGAAGUUAAAUGGUUUGCCAGAGAAUCCCGUAGUCUGUCAGUGAAAACAGUUAGGGGAACAAGGUUCACUGGUGCCUGGUUCAUAGUACAUUCUGAAUACUCAAGUUCCCUCGCGUCAAGAAAAACCGGGACUCGAGUUCGAGGCAUCGUUCGCGCUCGAACGGAGGAUCGGACGAACGCUUAAAACUGCGCAGCGCGUUGCAUACGAGAAGAGAUAUAUCCGUACGCAAAGAUUGAUGUCUGUGAACGGUCGCACAAGUGAUUGAUGUCUAUUCGGUUGACUCUUGUACUGUCUGCUACGAUAAUAAGAAUCCGGUGAUUGUCGUCUAAUUACUAGGAGAUCAAAACUUGUAAGGACGACGACGACGACGACGACGACGACAAUAACAGAGACUGGAAAAUAUACAAGCAGUAGUAUUAAACAAGUAGAAAAGGAUGACCACCGUCAGACAAAUACUUCGCUGCGCUCGGCGCAUCGGGCAAAUACAGGAGGGUGGGGCGAAACUUUUAAACCGGUCUGUUAGGUGCGCGUCCACCCAAGCACGACAAAAAAUCACCGAGGAUGAAAACGGAAAAAAAGUUUUCCUUUCGCCAUACGGCGACUUCACGCCGUCCGAUUUACUCGUACAGGAGUACAUUUGGAAGGACUUGGCGAAUCAUGCUAAUAAGAUUGCAUUGGAGUGUGCGGUGACCGGAAGGAAGUAUACGUACAGCGAAACGAGGGAUGCGUCUAAUUAUAUCGCGAGAAGUUUGAUAAACAUGGGUCUGAGAAAGGGCGAUGUGAUAGCCCUGAUCGCGCCCAAUUAUCCGGAAACGGUCUUAGCCUUUCUCGGCGUGUUAGAGGCAAACCUCGUCGUUACUACAGUCAAUCCGGCUUAUACACCUGAUGAAGUAAAAAGGCAGAUACAGAACUCGGGGGCGAAGGCGAUCAUUACAGUGGCAGAAAUUGCACGAUCCAUACUCGAAGCCACGAGAGGCACUCUACCACCUGGAGUACCCUUUGUAGUUAUCGAGGAUGGUACUGGACCCAUACCAGAAGCCACCAUACCGUUUAAGGACCUCAUCGCCCGUGGCAAAUCGUUGCCACCCGUAACGAGUUACCAAACGACCUCCCAAGAUUUGGCGAUUCUUCCUUAUUCCAGUGGAACCACCGGUUUGCCGAAAGGCGUCAUGUUAACGCACAAGAACUUAGUAGCCAACAUGGAAAUGUCCGAAAAAACGGCAGGAGAAAAGAUGUGGCAAAGUGCAACGAGCGAUUUCCAGGAAAUAAUACCAGUAAUUUUGCCGUUCUUCCAUAUAUUCGGCAUGAACGUGGUAACUUUACCACGUCUUGCUCAUGGAACAAAACUAAUUACCUUACCCAGGUUCAUACCGGAACUAUUUAUUAAGCUUCUAAUGAAAGAGCAGGUAACGGGGAUGUUUGUGGUACCACCAAUACUCUUAUUCUUCAACUCAUCUCCUUAUGUAAAAAAAGAACUGUUAUCGAACGUACAUCACAUUAUUAGUGGGGCAGCCCCAAUGUCGAAGACAGACGCAGAGAGAUUUUAUAACAAAUUCGAAACGGAUCCCAGCAAGUUGAAGAUAACUCAAGGAUACGGAUUGACUGAGACUUCGCCGGUUGUUUGCUUGGAGAUGGAUGGUGUGAAGACAGGAAGCAUCGGUAAAAAUAUCGCCGGAUGCGAGCUGCGGUUAGUAGAUCCGGCAACCAACGAAGAUGUUUCCGGACCUGGCCAAACCGGUGAAAUAUGGGUCAGGGGGCCUCACGUUAUGAAAGGGUACUUGAACAACGAAGCUGCUACCAGGGAGACGAUCGUCGAGAACAGCUGGUUGAAGACUGGUGACAUCGCUUACUUCGACGAGGAGUUCGACUUCUUCGUCACGGACCGUUUGAAGGAGUUGAUUAAAGUGAAAGGAUUCCAGGUCGCGCCAGCGGAGUUGGAAGCACUUCUAAGAACGCAUCCGGAUGUUCAGGAAGCAGCCGUGAUUGGAAUCCCAGACGAAAGAAGCGGUGAAGUACCUAAGGCCUUCAUAUUGCUCAAGAAAAACGCCAAAUCAAGCGCGGAAGAUAUUAAGAAUUUCAUAAAGGGAAAGGUGUCGGACUACAAGGAGCUACAAGGAGGAGUUGUGUUCGUGGAUAACAUACCGAAGAAUGCGAGCGGUAAAAUCGUGCGACAACAACUGAAGAACGAGUGUAAAUAAUGAAAUUCCGUUUUCAUAGAAAUGGAACUGGAAUCUUGCGUGAAAUUCUCGAUUAACAGUUCAUAAAAUGAAAUCAAUUACCGAUUAAUGAAUGUUGAACGCAAUCAAUCAUUUCUGAAAAAUUGAUUGUUGCGACGCAUACCAUUAUUCGGCUGUUAUCUCAGGAGAAACAGCAGGAAGUGAUAACAAACGUUAAACAACGAUCGCGUACUUUAUGUCAGAUCUCUUAUCAUGGAUACUUGCAUGAAAGUCUUGAGCGCUGAUUUGUUUUUAACUUAGAGAAUAUUUUCUCUUGCCGCGGAAUUGAUGUUUAUAUUUUAAGUACAGUUCGAAGGGAACUGUAACGUUAGAGUAAUAUUCUACUUAAAAGGACGACGACGGGAAAAGAGUUUAUGGUGGUUUUUAUACCAUAUGAUAUAUUUCUUAUCAAUUUAUAUGAUGGUGCUAUCUUUGUCAAUGCAAUUAAUUUUUAAGGCACAUAUCUUAUGUAGUGGAGUUUAAGGAUAGGAAAUUUUUGUAAGUGAUUUGUAUCUGAGAGUAACUUGUUCGAAACAAUAAAAGGAUUUACAAUUGCGUUACAGAAAUAAUA